GCCAGCCUCGCUCGCUUGUUUAUUUAUAGUCCGCGCUGUCAAGUCAGCUUAACUAGAUCCAGCUGCUGUCUCGAGCAGCCAGGGAGGAAGGAAGGGGCGGCCGGGGCGGGCACAGGGCAGAGGAAGCCACACACAGCCCCUGCCUGCCCAGCAAGGGCGACAGCGACCACAAGCCCCCGGCCAGGGGAUGCGGCCGGAAGUGCGGCCGGCCGGGGGCGGGGAAAGGUGACAGCGCGGAGCCGGGGGCGGGCAGCCAAUCGGAAGCGCCGGUCCCAGAGGAGAGGGCGGAAGAGAAGCGGUCUAGUUCCGGACGCGGCCGCCGCCGCCAUCUGUCACCUCCGCUCCGGCACCGGCAGCCUGUCGCCUCUGCCCCGCCGCCUAUCUCCUCGGCGGAGGCUGUUUCCUGGUCCUGCCACCUCUCUGCUCUGUUCUCGUCGCUGCUUCUUCCGCAACAUGGAUCUGGUCAGAGUCGCAUCGCCUGAGCCCGGGCCGGCAGCGUGUCCGUGGGCUACCCCUCAAAAUACAGUAUCUUGUUCUUUGACUGAUGUCAUGAGUGAACAGUUGGCUAAAGAACUGCAGUCAGAAGAAGAAGCUGCUGCUUUUCCUAAAGUUGUUGUUGCUGAAGGACCAUUUAUUACUGGAGAAAACAUUGACACUUCCAGCGACCUAAUGCUGGCUCAGAUGCUACAGAUGGAAUUUGACAGAGAAUAUGAUGCACAGCUUAGGCGUGAAGAAAAAAAAUUCAAUGGAGAUAGCAAAGUUUCCAUUUCGUUUGAAAAUUAUCGAAAAGUACAUCCUUAUGAAGACAGCGAUAGCUCUGAAGAUGAGGUUGACUGGCAGGAUACUCGUGAUGAUCCCUACAUACCAGCAAAACCAGUUCCUACUCCCAAAAAGGGUUUUAUUGGAAAAGGAAAAGACAUCACCACCAAACAUGAUGAAGUAGUAUGUGGAAGAAAGAAUACAGCCAGAAUGGAAAAUUUUGCACCUGGGUUUCAGGUGGGAGAUGGAAUUGGAAUGGACUUAAAACUAUCAAACCAUGUUUUCAAUGCUUUGAAACGACAUGCCUACUCAGAAGAGCGUCGAAGCGCCCGCCUCCAUGAGAAAAAGGAGCAUUCUACUGCAGAAAAAGCAGUUGAUCCUAAGACACGUUUACUUAUGUAUAAAAUGGUCAACUCUGGAAUGUUGGAGACAAUCACUGGCUGUAUUAGCACAGGAAAGGAAUCUGUUGUCUUUCAUGCAUAUGGAGGGAGCAUGGAGGAUGAAAAAGAAGAUAGUAAAGUUAUACCUACAGAAUGUGCCAUCAAGGUAUUUAAAACAACCCUUAAUGAGUUUAAGAAUCGUGACAAAUAUAUUAAAGAUGAUUUCAGGUUUAAAGAUCGCUUCAGUAAACUAAAUCCACGUAAGAUCAUCCGCAUGUGGGCAGAGAAAGAAAUGCACAAUCUCACAAGAAUGCAGAGAGCUGGAAUUCCUUGUCCAACAGUUGUACUACUCAAGAAACACAUUCUAGUUAUGUCUUUUAUUGGCCAUGAUCAAGUUCCAGCCCCUAAAUUAAAAGAAGUAAAGCUCAGUAGUGAAGAGCUGAAGGAAGCCUACCAUCAAACUCUUCAUCUGAUGCAGAAGCUAUAUAAUGAGUGUACGCUCGUACACGCCGACCUCAGCGAGUAUAACAUGCUGUGGCAUGCCGGGAAGGUCUGGUUGAUCGAUGUCAGUCAGUCUGUAGAACCAACCCAUCCUCACGGCCUGGAGUUCUUGUUCCGUGACUGUAGGAAUGUCUCACAGUUUUUCCAGAAAGGGGGAGUAAAGGAAGCCCUCGGAGAACGAGAACUCUUCAAUGCUGUUUCUGGCUUAAGCAUCUCGGCAGAUAAUGAAGCUGACUUCUUAGCUGAGAUAGAAGCUUUGGAGAAAAUGAAUGAAGAUCAUGUUCAGAAGAAUGGAAGGAAAGCUGCUGCGUUUUUAAAAGAUGAUGGAGGGGCACCAAUCCUAUGCGAUGAAUAGCAGCGGCGCCCACUGCUUCAGUGGCAACACAGUGGUGAUUGUCAGCUGCCAAUGGCAAAUGAAGUGAUGGGUGACUCGAAAUACCAAAACAAGAGGAGUGUACAAUGGUGCUUCUGUGCUUUUUUCCCCUUGUGAUCCAUUUGCCAGACGUGUGGAAUUUUUAGCUCGGCAUUGAGAGAAUAAAUGUCACUACCUCUCAUCUUAUGAAUAGGAUAAUCUAAUUCUUCAACAGCUACAAGUUGUCUAGCUGAAAUAGACAUGAAUUUACAGGAUUCAUGGUAUAAAAUGUUUUGAUGAGAAUUUUUAAAAUUUAGGUCACAUUUCCAAAUGUGAGAGGAAAGGACUGAUCUGUUUAUGGGGGAGGCUUUAUUACAACAUACUUGCUUUCUUCACUCCCUGUUUUCCGUUGCAUCUUUCCUUGAAUAUUUUAUUGACCUAAAAUUUGGCCUUCUCACAUCUUUUUCCAGAUUGUGACCAUGACUCUAAAGGAAAUUUUCUUCUCUUUAGUAGGUGUUGUAAAUGGAAAUGUCAUUUCAGAAUGGCUGACAGAAAUAGACAUAAGCAAAAUACUUUUUAUUGGUAUAUCAUGAAUAUGAACUGAAUUCUACAUUUCCAUACUCUUAUCCAAGAAAAGGCAUCAGGUUUCUGAAAGAGAUAAGUAUAUAAGAACUUCUUAACUAUCCAAAUUUUUAAAAAUUUAACUUUCAGCUUUUCUACAUUUAGAUAAAAUGGUUAGGAUACAACUCAUGGUGCAGCUACUCUGCAUUUAUAAUGAAAAUAUAAAUUGUCUGGAAGGACAGAAUAUAAUAUUUAACGACGUUUGACACAUUGUAAUGAAGUCAAUGAAACAAAGUUCAGUUUAUAUUUCACUCAAACUGUAUAUUUAUUGAUUGCUUUUGAGAGAAAUAUAGUAAGUUAAUUAGAAAUAUUAAAUAAUCAGGAGAUAAAAAGUGUAUAAAACAACUCGGGUACCAAAUUAACCAACUAAUUGGAACUAUCUGGCCUCACUUUUAAUAAUCAUUAGUACUGGCUGGAAGCCACUUCAUCAACAAAGCAAGCGCUGUACUGGAAAAGUCCGCGGGCUCUGGUAGGAUCGAAGUUCCUUAACUAAAACGUAAUCAUUCCUCCUAUUCCUGAAGUCAGAUUGGAACCAAUAAAGACUCGAACUUUCUGUGUGGUAAUAGAAAGUAAAAAUCGAAACAUCAUUUACACUUGAAAACUUUUCCUUUAACAUUAUUUAAAAAUGCCAAAUAUGUUCCUUCUAGGAAAAUAUUCAUUUUUGUUUCUCUUGUAAAGCUUUUACCUGCAUUUCAGAGAAGUGUGGUUUGGGGUAGAUAUCGUUACAUUUCUGAGAUGUUUACUACCCUGAAACAAAGAAUUAGAUGACUGGCGAUUAUAGGCUUUCUGGAAGUUUCAAAGAACUGAUGUUAAAAACCAUUAACCAUUGAAAACUUGUUUUGUUUUGUUUUCUGACAUACUCUGUUUAACAAAGAGCAGCAAACCAUUGCUGUGUGGCAUUCUUGGAGUGUGCUGUGAACAUGCUUUUUAAGAAAUUAAACAUGAAGAGAUCAUUUUAGAA